AAUCCUGAUAGACCGUUCCGGAAGCUGCGCCACUCGACGACGCUGCUUCCACUCCCAUCGCUCGACGCUUCCCAGCUGAUUCCAUUCCGUUCCGUUUCAUGGCCGCGGCAGCUUCCGCCGCGCCGGUGACUUCCUCCUCGUUGCCAUCGAGAAGAGGCUCCUCUCCGGCUCUUUGUCCGAUCCACGCUUCCUCUCCCCUUCCCAGGUUCCUUCGCGGAGGAGGGAGGAGAGUGACCUCCUCUUCCUUCAGAUCGAGCAGGUGUGGAUACCCCCCAUCGGCCGCCCUCGCUUCACGAAAAUCCUUCGUCUGUUCCUCUUCAACGUCGCCGGUAACGUCGCCGUCUUCGUCGCCUCUACCUUCGGCCCUGCUCUUCGAUUGCGACGGCGUGCUCGUCGACACGGAGAAGGACGGCCAUCGCGUCUCCUUCAAUGAGACCUUUGCUGAGAGGGAAUUGGGAGUCAGUUGGGACGUUCAACUUUAUGGUGAACUACUCAAGAUCGGUGGUGGGAAGGAAAGAAUGACAGCAUAUUUUAACAAGACUGGAUGGCCCGCUAAAGCUCCAAAGACUGAAGAAGAAAGAAAAGAUUUUAUAGCUUCUCUUCACAAGAGAAAGACCGACUUAUUUAUGGCUCUUAUUGAGAAAAAGCUCCUUCCUCUCCGUCCUGGUGUUGAAAGGUUGAUCGAUGAGACUCUAUCAAAGGGAGUAAAAGUUGCUGUUUGCAGUACUUCAAAUGAGAAGGCGGUUUCAGCAAUAGUUUCAUUCUUGUUAGGCCCUGACCGAGCAAAUAAGAUAACAAUAUUUGCUGGAGAUGUAGUUCCCCGCAAAAAGCCUGAUCCGGCCAUCUACUUGUUAGCAGCAGAAACUCUUGGUGUGGAUCCAGCUAGUUGUGUCGUGGUAGAAGACAGUGCUAUUGGCCUAUCAGCCGCCAAAGCUGCUGGUAUGAAGUGCAUAAUAACAAAGAGCGGGUAUACUGCAGAAGAAGACUUCGUCACAGCAGAUGCAGUCUUCGACUGCAUUGGAGAUCCUCCUGAAGCACGGUUUGACUUGUCUUUUUGUGCUAAUCUUCUUCAAAAGCAAUAUGUGAGCUAGGUACAUAAAUUCUCGCUUCUUGUUCUUUCACAAGUUCCAGGUUCACAGAUAAUAGUCGUAUUCAUAAUCAUAAUCCUGGAUUUAUUGUUCAAUAUCUUAAUAAUAAUGAGAUGGACUCUGGCAUGGCCAUACAAUGUGCAGUGUUUCAGAGUCAGAAUACUUGCAUUGGUACAAAUAUAAACAUGACUUAGUUUCAUGUCUUGAACA